AAAUAUGAUACAAAACAUAAAAAUCUACGAAAUUAAUGAAAGAAAUAUUUGUACAGACUAUUAAAUUAUAAAACGUCUUUAUUCAAAAACUAAAAUGUUUGGUUGCCCGCCUCUUAGGUAACAUUCGUGUAAAAUCAAUAUUCUCUGCGCAGUUGUACGUUGGCUUGUGACUUAACUAUUACUUAAUCUAUAAAUUUAACAACAAAUGAACUAAAAGGAGCAUUUUAUUAGUGCAAUAAUAAAUUUAUAUCAGUGGAUAGAUUUAUUUGCAGGUUAAUUAAUCUGUUAUUUGUGUGAUGGUUUUCUGAAUCGUGAAACCAACGGGAUGAAAAUGCGCUGGAUUUUUCCUGUACCGGUCCUCCUUAUGUCAUGGUUUGGAGUGAACGACGUGAAGGCUAACUCAUGUAUUCGAACUGCAUUAUGGACUAUAACACUCACUCCCCUAAUACAAGCUGAAUGCGAUAGAUCACGCACGAUAUACUGUUAUGAGUGCGACAGCUGGACAGAUCCCAGAUGCAAGGAUCCAUUCAACUACACGGCGUUGCCUCGAGAUCAGCCGCCAUUGCAGACCUGCAAUGGAUGCUGUGUCAAAAUGGUUCGGUAUUCUAAAAGCCCGUACGAGGUGGUCCGUCGAACAUGCACGUCGCAUUUACAGAUAAACCUCUUCAUGGUGGACCACGUUUGCAUGAUGGAAAGUACAGGCAAUGGUCACAUGUGUUUCUGUGAGGAGGAUAUGUGCAACGGCGCAGCAACUGUCUCUAACAUUUUAGCAUUCGCACUGGUCAUAAUAGCAUGUGCAUGUAGGUGAAGUAGCUAGGAUCGGUCGACUCGAAGGAAAUUUUGUGGGAAAUAAGAAAUUUAGAGAGGAAAUUUAAAUUUAGGCUGGAAAUUGACCCUGUUAUAUCUAACCAGUCUUUUAACUGAAGUACUCCAGAGUAUUGUGACAAAAGAGUUCUUUAGUUAAUAUAGAUUUUAAUUGUCAAAAUUUAUGAUUGUUGUGAAUAUUUCCAGAGUAAGCUAAUUUAGGAGUGUGAUUAAAUUUAAUGGAAGUGUAAAAAUGUGUUUGAAUUUCGUUUAGCAAUUUUGAAAUUUAAACUUAGGGUUAUGCGACAGUUCGAAUUAGGUACGAAUGUCAUUGUAUAAGUGAUGUGUAAGUCACGAUAAAUAAGUUGAUUUAUCGAGUCGAUCGACGCUGCAACACUAGUUUUAAUUAAUUUUCGUCCAAAUGUAGAUGUAGAACGUGAAAUUUCACGGAAACGCAUUUUCCCUAAGGACUAGGCUUUGCUUCAUUUCUCAGAAACAAUCGCUUGCAUUCAACAUUACUUAAAUAUUAUAAUUACACUUCGAUUCAUUCACAUUGAUAAGUCAAGUGGUCAUUUAUCAUGUGUCAAAUUUAAAUUUUGUCAUAUUUAAUGUAUCCGUCAAGGGAUUAGUUGUCAGCUAUCAAAUUUACAGUUUGACAUAGAUUUAACGUAUCAGUUGUCAUCUGUGUAAUUUACACUUUGACAGAUAUAAGACAUCGGUCAAGUGAUCAGUUGUCAAAUUUACACUUUACAUAGCCAUUUUUCAUUGUCAACUGAAUAGAUGCUCUUGGAUUUAAUACUUAUUUUAUCUCAUAUUAAUUUUUAAAACAUGUAUAUAUUUAUUUUAAGGUUGUAUGACAGAGUGUUAAUAGAAAGAUGAAGAACUAUUUGACAGUUAUGUUUACAGUAUACAUACAUACAGUACAAGUAAACUGUACUUGAUAUACGAAAUACUAAUCUAAGCGCGCGUAAUUUGGCAAAUCUUAAGUGAGUUUUAGGCCAUUUACAACUCUACCCAAAAUCUAGACACUAAACAAAUGACAUUUGAACACAGCGUGACAGAAAGUGUACACGUAAAAGACGUCAGAAGUGAACGUCAAAGUUUUAUGUCUGUUUGACAAUUUACUUUUAUCUGUAAAUAGACCAUUCUCGUUUGCAUUAGGGUAACAACACAUGUCGUGAAAACAAUUUCUGACAUGGGAAGUGUCAAUUGUCAAAGUCAUUGGCGUUGCAUUUUCAUAGUUUUGAUCGAUAGAGCUAAAAGACAUAUCUUGUGAAAUCAGACACACUGACACUUUACCACUUUUCUGUUUUUAAAUGUCAAUCAAGUCUCUUAUUGCUGUUAUCUCUAUUAACUUCUUAUACUUAUAUUUGUCUAGAAGUAAAUUGAAAACUACAUAUUUAAUCAGGCUUAGUGGACUUAUAUCCAAGAAUCGCUUUGAGUGUUUCGUUUAACAAAGUGUGUAUAGAUUAUAGAUAUAAUUUGUCUAUUCCAAAGACAAUUAAUAUACGUAGAUAGAAUGUAAAUAGAAGGGGGAAUGCUGACGUUGCCUAGCCACCGCUUUACAAUACGAUUUAUUUAAUACAGUAUUUCUCUUUUCAACGAUAAUGCGUUGUUAUGCAAAUGUCAUUUGACAGUUGUCAUGUCACAAAAUAGAAACUAUUCUCUUGAUAUAUGCUUCGAAUAGCUAUCGCUAUGUCCUUCCUUAGCCGUGUCUGCAUAAAUAUUAAGUUAUUGUUAAAGUCAAAAUGGUCUUAGCUACCGAGGCUUAGGGCCACUCUAACUGAAUUGUUCGUAACUACUGAGUUUUCCCCUUCGUUCCUAGUGAUUGUUUAAGCAAUACAUAUUCCUUAGCUACUAUUCUCUAGCUAAUUGAGGCAUAUACGAAUAGAAAACGAUAAAAUACAUUAGUUUAGUGAUGGAAUAAUCGCUUAAAUUUAUCUAGACCAAAAGAUUUGCUCAUAGACACACUUUAGGUAGAAAUUUUUAAAUGGACUAGCGUGAACUGCCGAUUUGUAGGUGAAUCUAUGUACUUAUAUUCGAUAGAGCGAAGUUAAAAUUAUAAAUCAGAUUCGAAUUGUGUAAGAACACUUUGUUUAUUAUGAAUACUUGUAUACUUACUAACCUAUGGUUCUCAAACUUGGGCGCUCACUAAAGCGUAGCAUACGGUGUCUCAACGAUGGAACGAUGUGUGAUAGGGAAUAAAAAAAAAUAAAGAAUACAUUAAUGAGAACUAAGGUAGCAGAUGUUACAAUAAAAAUAAAUAAACAUAUGUUUGGGUUGCACAUGACGAGAGGAACAGAAAAGUGGAGUUAGAAAGUACUAAACUGGUGCCCAAGGUACAAUAAACGAAUAAUAUGGAGACCAUUUACAUUUAGGUGGAUAGACCGAGGAAACGGCUGAUACACGGCAGAGAGUGGAACUAUGCAGACAGAGGCGGGAUUUGGAGGAGGCCUUUGCCAAAAAAGGGCACAGAGAUACCUAAAAGAAGGAAUAAAUUUAAAUGUGUUUAAGUGUAAAAGUAUCUGAAUUAAAAGGCUAUUAUUAUUACGAAGUAAGCAGAAUGUAGUGGGAUAUGCUAAAAGUUAACGUCUAAAUCUAUUGUUGUAAUGAAAAUAAGCGUGACCUAGGUCCAAUAAUCUAAAAGUACAUUGAAAUCACUGAAUAUGUUUUACAUUGCCGAAGCGUGAGAAAUAAACCAAUUAUUAUAGGCUAUACUUAUGUAAGGGAAGCCUGACUAUUGGUAUUACCACCUACAUACUAAGCGGAUAAGGCUGUAUUAAAAUUCUUGAAACAAUCUUUGUCUGCGAUUGAAGGCCUUCUGAAUCUAUUGGAGUGUCUGAGGGAUCGAAUAAUAAACGGUUGAAGCAUACAAUAAGUUAGUAUCAAAGUUUUCAUCAACAUUCGUACCUUACAUUAGACUGUUCUAAUCAUUUCUACCUUGAUAACGAAAACCUUAGAUUUUCGGUCCCAGGAGAUAUUUUAAGGGAAAUAUAAUCUCAAUUAACAAAGCACUUUUGAAUUCAUUCAAAAGUGAUGAAAGAUAAUCGACUUCACUAGACUAGAAGCCCAUCAGGCACGCGAUCGUGCAGAUUGCGGCUGAGACUAGGCAGCAGAGUCAAAUCAGCAGAGUCAGAUGUCAAAUCUCCCUUUUAAAAGGGUAUGGUAUUUAUGGGCUAGUCGGAGUUACUCUUGUGCUAUUUCUGAUAUAAUAUAUUUGACAAAUUUAUGGCAGAAUUGGAAGUGAAUAUUAAAAUAUAUCCCAAAUGAAGUAAAUGUACCAAAAGUAAUAUUUAUUAUGCUUAUCAUCUAUCGGAAAAUGGCUAUUUAUUUAUUUACAGCUUGCAGCCUUCGAUAAAGGCCUCCUCUAAAUUUUUCGAAUCGUGGCAUCUCUAUAGGUUUGAAUGCACAUUGGGCCCGGUACCUUUUAUAUAGUCCUCCCAUCUUCCUAUCUACCUGCCCCUCUUUCGUUGCCUACUUCGUGGGUACCACUCCGUCACAACAUUUAACGUUUAAUUAUCCUAGGGCGGAAUGACACUACAGGGAUGUAUUGGGAGGCCAAGACUUAUUUUCGGCUUUAAUAGUUUAGGAAAUUAAUAUUAUUAUUAAGUGUUAAUUGCUGACACCCAGUAUAAUAUACAUAAACACUUGUUUAAUUUACAUAAUCUAACAAUCUAAUACAUCAGAUGUGCCGGUUUUGGUGAUAAGCGUGUUCUGGACACAUAGGCCUCUUCCAGCUGCUUCGAUUAUUUUCUUAUGCUGUUGUGCCUCCUAUAUUUAUAUCGUCUGCCCAUCUCUUGCUCUGUAUUUUCCUUUUUUGUCCAUUUCAACCUGCUAUCUCUCGUCAUGCGUCCGGAUAGGGCAAUAGUCAGUUGAUAUUCCUACACAAUUCGAAAGAUUUAGUUUCGAAGCAAAUACAAACUUAACACCAGUACUAGUAGUACCACGGUGCAAUAAUUUUCGCUUAAUAUAUAUCUAUUGAUCGCUAGUUAGGUUACACAUAAGUUAGGAAAAUAAACACCAAUUAAUCAGUAAAUUCGAUUGUAAAUUUAGUCAUAAAAUAGUUCCAUUUUAAUCAGUCCUCUACUUUGUCUCUCGCUCGCAUUUACACACUACACUACUCCUAAAGUUACUUUUGAGAAAACUUCGCGCUACUUCGUUCAUGUCAAAAACUGAUACGAAGUUGUCAGAAGCAACUAGUAGGUACAUGUUACAACAAUACAAUGAAUGGAUGGCAAAUUUGAGCAAAGAGUAUUUGGCCCCAAAUAAUGAAUACAGCGAGAGUUAUAUUAUAUACUAAUAUAAUGUCUGAUUCUGACAGUUUUUAUAUAAUCAGGUUUAGUUUAUAUAAAAACUGUUAAUACCCUCUAACGAAACAAUCUUUUAGUGGCGGACGGAACAUGUUGUCUCGCUCUGUCUAUACUACGCACAGCGUACCAAAAGCAAUAAUGUUCUGCCAAUUUUAACAUUGAAAAUAAAUUGUAUGACAAGCAUUUGGCGCCAGAAAAUCAGCCGCCAUUCUGAUAUCGUUUCGUUAUUUGCUACGAAUAAUAAAUUAUUCUGCUCCAAACUGUUCAAAUCCAUUUAUUGUUACAAUUUUUGAUUAAAUACAGCAUAACUUGGGGAGUAGUGCGGUGCAUAUUAGAACAGGACGCUAACAUAAACUUAACAGUUGCUCAUAGAUAUAGUAUUGUUAUACGAUGUUAUUUUUCACUGUUAUUUUAACGGAUUUAAAAACUUUCGCUACACUCGCGUAGUUGGUCUUU